AUGUCCGGAUACCCAGGUUACAAUGGCGGUGGCUAUGCCGCACCGCAGCAGCAAUAUCAGCAGGGCGGCUACUAUCCACCUCAGCAGCCCUCUUACACCGGCGGCUAUCCGUCUCAACCCUCUCCCCAGCCUGGCUACGGCUAUCAUCAAGGUCCUCCGCAACCGCAAUAUGCUUAUCAGGUAUGGCUGAUGCUCCUUUCCAUGGUGACUCCGAAAUUGCAUUGCAAUGGUGCUUGGGCCUCUACAAUUGCUUACAUAUAUGAUGUACUACAGCAACCACCUCCUCCACAGCAGCAGUACAGCAACUACGGCCAUCCGACACCUCAGCCCAACUAUAACAACCGCCCUGGCAUGCCUCCCCCAGGUCCUCCUCCGAACAGCUAUAACCAGGGUCGCCCCAACGGUCCCCAGGCUCCCCCAGCUGGCCCGCAGAGCUUCGGCCACGGCGCGCCGAACAACUAUGCGUUUCGAUAUUCCAACUGUACCGGCCGCAGAAAAGCUCUGCUAAUUGGUAUCAACUACUUCGGCCAGCGUGGCCAGCUGCGUGGAUGUAUCAACGAUGUCAGAAACAUGACUGCUUAUCUGGUGGAACAUUUUGGUUAUAAAAGAGAAGACAUGGUCAUCUUGACCGACGAUCAACAAAAUCCCAUGAGUCAGCCCACAAAGCAAAACAUUCUUCGUGCCAUGCACUGGCUGGUCAAGGAUGCUAGACCCAACGACUCGCUCUUCUUCCACUAUUCUGGCCACGGUGGACAGACGAAAGAUCUGGACGGCGACGAGGCUGAUGGAUAUGACGAAGUCAUCUACCCAGUCGACUUUAGACAACAUGGACAUAUCACAGACGAUGAGAUGCAUCGAAUCAUGGUCCAUCCCCUGCAGGCAGGUGUGAGGCUGACCGCUAUCUUCGAUUCGUGUCAUUCUGGUACUGCACUGGACUUGCCCUACAUCUACUCUACACAAGGUAUCCUCAAAGAGCCCAACUUGGCCAAGGAGGCUGGCCAGGGCUUGCUCGGAGUCAUCUCCUCAUACAGCCAAGGAGAUAUGGGUGGUGUUGCCAACAACAUCAUCGGUUUCUUCAAGAAGGCGACCACUGGCGACGACGCCCACAACAGGACCCUUGCUACGAAGACAUCUCCUGCAGAUGUCAUUAUGUGGUCUGGAAGCAAAGAUGACCAAACAUCUGCCGACGCUACUAUCGCCUCACAAGCCACCGGCGCAAUGUCCUGGGCAUUUGUUACGGCUCUCAAAAAGAACCCUCAACAAAGCUACGUUCAGCUGCUCAACAGCAUCCGAGACGAACUGGCUACAAAAUAUACACAAAAGCCACAGCUUUCGUGCAGCCACCCUCUUAAUACAAAUCUCCUAUUUGUCAUGUGA